GGCGUUACUGAAGAUGGCGGAAGCCCACCAAGCCGUGGCCUUCCAGUUCACGGUCACCCCAGAUGGGAUCGACCUGCGGCUGAGCCACGAAGCCCUGAAGCAGAUCUACCUGUCUGGACUUCAUUCCUGGAAAAAGAAGUUCAUCAGAUUCAAGAAUGGCAUCAUCACCGGCGUGUACCCGGCCAGCCCCUCCAGUUGGCUCAUCGUGGUGGUGGGUGUGAUGUCAACCAUGUACGCGAAGAUCGACCCCUCGCUGGGAAUAAUCGCGAAAAUCAAUCGGACCCUUGAUACUAGCGGCUACAUGUCCAGCCAGACGAAGAACGUGGUCAGCGGCCUCCUGUUCGGCACGGGGCUGUGGGUGGCCCUCAUCAUCACCAUGCGCUACUCCCUCAAGGUGCUGCUGUCCUACCACGGCUGGAUGUUUGCCCAGCACGGCAAGAUGAGCCGCGCCACCAAGAUCUGGAUGGGCAUGGUCAAGAUCUUUUCGGGCCGCAAGCCCAUGUUGUACAGCUUCCAGACGUCUCUGCCACGCCUGCCGGUCCCUGCGGUCCAGGAUACUGUGAACAGGUAUCUGGAAUCGGUGAAGCCACUCAUGAAGGAAUCAGACUUUAAACGCAUGACGGUUCUCGCGCAAGAUUUUGCCGUCAGUCUCGGACCAAAACUGCAGUGGUAUCUCAAGUUAAAGUCCUGGUGGGCUACAAACUACGUGAGCGACUGGUGGGAGGAAUACAUCUACCUGCGGGGCCGGGGGCCACUGAUGGUGAACAGCAACUAUUAUGCCAUGGACUUGCUGUACGUCUUACCGACGGAGAUUCAGGCGGCGAGAGCCGGCAACGCCGUCCACGCCAUCCUGCUGUACCGACGGAGACUAGACAGGGAGGAGAUCAAGCCGGUACGCAAGCAAACUCGGGGGGUGCCUCUCUCCUGUCCCGUAACCUCACGCCUCUGGAUUUUGUGUCUCGCCCCGCGUCCCGCCGCAGACACCAUCCAGCACAUAAGGGACAGCAAGCACAUCGUCGUGUUCCACAAAGGCCGUUACUUCAAGGUCUGGCUCUAUCACGACGGCCGGCUGCUGAAGCCCCGGGAAAUCGAGCAGCAGAUGCAGAGGAUUUUGGACGACCCCUCGGAGCCCCAGCCCGGGGAGGCCAAGCUGGCGGCCCUCACCGCGGGAGAAAGAGUCCCCUGGGCCAAGUGUCGCCAGGCCUAUUUUGGCCGCGGGAAAAAUAAGCAGUCUCUCGACGCCGUGGAAAAGGCCGCGUUCUUCGUGACGCUGGAUGAAACCGAGCAGGGGUACAGGCAGCAAGACCCGGAUGUGUCGAUGGACUCCUAUGCCAAGUCCCUCCUCCACGGCAGGUGUUAUGACAGGUGGUUCGAUAAGUCUUUCACGUUCAUCGUGUUCAAAAACGGGAAGGUGGGCAUGAACGCGGAACAUUCCUGGGCCGACGCGCCCAUCAUCGGGCACCUGUGGGAGUACGUCCUGGCCACUGACUCCUUUCAGCUGGGUUAUGCCGAGGACGGGCACUGCAAGGGCGACCCCAACCCGAACAUUCCGUACCCCACCCGGCUGCAGUGGGACAUCCCGGAGGAAUGUCAGGAGGUGAUCGAGACUUCCCUGAGCUGCGCGAACCUUCUGGCCAACGACGUGGAUUUCCAUUCUUUCCCGUUCCACACCUUCGGCAAAGGACUCAUCAAAAACUGCCGGACGAGCCCGGACGCCUUUGUGCAGCUCGCACUCCAGCUGGCGCAUUACAAGGACAUGGGCAAGUUUUGCCUCACGUACGAGGCCUCCAUGACCCGGCUCUUCCGAGAGGGGAGGACGGAGACCGUGCGUUCCUGCACCACGGAGUCGUGCAACUUUGUGCUCGCCAUGGUGGACCCCACCCAGACGGUUGAGCAGAGGCUCAAGUUGUUCAAGGUCGCCUCCGAGAAGCACCAGCACCUGUACCGCCUGGCGAUGACUGGCUCCGGGAUCGACCGUCACCUCUUCUGUCUCUACGUGGUGUCCAAGUACCUGGCCGUGGAUUCCCCCUUCUUGAAGGAGGUCUUAUCAGAGCCUUGGAGAUUAUCAACCAGCCAGACCCCUCAGCAGCAGGUAGAGCUGUUCAAUUUGGAGAAGAAUCCAGAGUAUGUGUCCAGCGGAGGGGGCUUUGGACCGGUUGCGGACGAUGGGUAUGGGGUGUCCUACAUCCUCGUGGGCGAGAACCUCAUCAACUUCCACAUAUCUUCCAAAUUCUCCUGCCCUGAGACCGACUCGCAUCGCUUUGGGAAGCACCUGAAACAGGCCAUGACUGACAUCAUCGGUUUGUUUGGGUUCAGCUCCAACUCCAGAAAGUAAUCCCACGAGAGCCACCGUGAAGGAAAACGAGCUCUGCUGAUAAAAACCAAAUGAAAAGUAGCUGUUGCUCCUGAUUAUAGCUCGGGGUGAAAAAUCGCUCAAGAAACCCACAAGUUUUCCUUCCCGCCCGGGGUUUGGUGGUGGUGUUUCCUAGAACAGCCUUCUUCACCCUGUGAAGUAUAAUCCCACUACUUCCUGGCAGGUCCUGACUUUGGGAAUGUUUGAUAAGGUGGGCCCCCCCCCCCCCAGCCCAGAAAGUUUUUGCAGCCACACUGCGUUUCUAUAUGGGAUAAAAAUCUGGUUGAGCUAGUUAAGGGACUAGUGGGGUUGUGACUUCACCCGUGGGAAAUGACAGUGGCACGUUUCCUCGGUGGUGGGGACCAAAUACCUGGUCCUUAACGGGCAUUUACUUUUUAUCGGAGCUUUUUUUUGUGCAGAGAGAGAAGCGUUCCAGGCAGAGAUGUUAGACUGUUCGUAGUUGACGCGUGUAUAAUGCACUAAUGGAAGCCUUGUGCUUUGGGAACCAGUUUUGUGUCCCUGUGGGUAGUAACUCUGUCCUCGUCUGGCUUGGUAGUCUGUGUGUGCCUCUCCGUGUCUGAAGCGAGUUAGCAUCCCGUAUUCUGUAGUUUUUACUGACCGUGCAAGUCUUCAAACCCAGUGCCUUAAAAACAUGAGGCCCUAAUGAAAGGGAGACCGUAGGAAAGAUGUGCUCUGCAAACCUUCAGGUGGAAUGGUGAGCAUCUUACUCCUUUCUCGUUUACGGAGCGGAUAACCCUGUAAAUAAGCGUUUCCUGUGGCUUCCCUACCCCUAGAAAGACCAGUUUCCUUGGGAGGGUAGCUGGCCUAGAGCCCUCUCUUCGGCCCGCCUUCCUUGCAUCAUUAAGCGACAAAAGAAAGAGUGUGCGUGUGUCAGAAACGGGGAGCGAGGGAGAUCAUGACCAUGUCUGCCGUAGUCACUGAAGAAUAAAAAGGUACAGGACGUGCCUCGGGAUUACUGCUUCCCCGGGCUGACGGCAAGGAGGGUGUGACGUUGACCACUGACGAAGGAAAAAAAGCUCAAGAAACGGGAAGAGUGACCUCAGAAGGGUCAGGACAGUGCAGCACCUGGAGGCCCCGGGCGUGCUUUCUAACCCCACCUGGGGAGGGAGGACCCCUCUCCUUUCCAGCGGAGAUGCGGGGAGAUGGGAACAGGAGGCCACGCCAUCUCGGUGACCCGCCACGAGUCACCGGUGACAGGUGCUAUCCUUCGGGUGGGGAGUGCCUUUAUGGAGAGAGUCUGAUUGACCAAAAAGCGAUUAUGCACUGAAUCGUCUUCCGUAUUUAAUGUAACACUUAAGGAUCAUGGAAUGAAAUAACCCACUGCCUCUGGGCAGUAGUGACAGGCUCAGCUGUCCCGUUUUUAAAACUGUGUAUUUAUUUUUCUGACCACUUUGCUCCGGUCGGGCUUGCUUCUGUAAAGAGUUGUGCACUCCAGUGAUACAAUGGCCAGGCUGAACUGUUGGAGGAGACAGGGCGCUUGCUUGCAGAGCACAUUUAUUUAUGUAUAUGUUUUCAUGCAAAAUUCCCACCUAAAUGGGCCAAAGAUUUUUUUUUUUUUUUUUUUGCUCUUAAAAGAAGAAAUGAAAACAGGCAAAAAAAACCACAAAAAACAAAAGCAAAACUAAGAUGAAAACCAACAACUAUGAUAACCCUCGUGUUCAUCUGUGGUUCACAGUCAAGGAGGUGGGGGGUGGGGACUAACGCAGUCUGUCCCGGGUGGGCACGGCUUCCAAUCAAGGGGGCAUCGGUGACUGUCAGAGCCACCUAAAUCCUGCACUAUUGACCUGACAAGUCUGCAUUCCCUUCGCGUUCGCAUGUGAAUUUGAAUGUUGACCCGUAGCACUUAAUACCUAUUUGGGCUUGUCUCUCAGGUUUAAAUAUUUCCAAUGUAAUUACCUAUCGUUAACCAGCGCAGUUAUCAAUGCAAUUUUAUAUUUCCUGAAGGAAAGAAGAGUGGGUUUUUAGUGUACGUGUUGCAAGGAGGAGGGAAGAGUAUUAAUGUAUUUAAUUUAACGUGGAAUAAGCCAUAGUCUUUUCUUAAAGGAGCUGUGGUUUGAAUUUGUUACCUUGGGCUGUCCGUUGCAUGUAAAUACAAUAUGCUCUUUUGGAUGUAAAUCUUAGAAAUGCAGGAUGAAUGUUAUCAUUAAUAAAACAUUAAUCCCAG